CCUGCAGAACAAGGGCUGUUGACAGAGAGCUGUUUUGCUUCAUGGCCCCUCCUCUUUCAGGGAGGAGGUCAUAUGUACCUGCUCUUCCCUGAAAACUCUACCAUUCAAAUAAAUCUGCGGACACAGCAGGACACAAAGAAAGUUUACGUCACUGCGAGAGAGGAUUUACAGCAAACAGAGAGACUUUGAAGUCACACCUGACCAGAGACAGACGUUUCAUUUGAAGGGGAAACCUACAAAACCACAAUGGUGUCUGCAGGGUUACAGAUGCUGGGUGCUGCACUCGGCAUCAUCGGCUGGAUUGGUGCCAUCAUCGUGUGUGCCAUUCCCAUGUGGAAGGUCACGGCUUUUAUUGGCAGCAACAUCGUCACCUCGCAGACCUCGUGGGAAGGAAUCUGGAUGAACUGUGUGCACCAGAGCACGGGCCAGAUGCAGUGUAAGGUGUAUGACUCCAUGCUGGCCCUCAGCUCUGAUCUCCAGGCUGCCCGCGCCCUGACCAUCGUCGCCAUCGUGGUGGGCAUCCUGGCUAUCCUGCUGUCUGUCGCAGGUGGUCAGUGCACCAACUGUGUGGAGGAUCCGGCUUCCAAAACCAAGGUGGGCCUCGCAGCUGGAGUGAUGUUCAUCAUAGCCGGGAUCCUGGUCCUCGUGCCUGUGUGCUGGACGGCCCACACCGUCAUCCGAGACUUCUACAACCCCCUUAUGGUCAGUGCCCAGAAAAGAGAGCUGGGUGCUGCGCUCUACAUCGGGUGGGGAGCAGGUGCUUUGAUGCUGAUCGGAGGAGGGAUGCUCUGCUGCAACUGCCCCAAGAAGGAUGAUGACUCCUACUCUGCAAGGUACAAAGCUGCCCGGUCUGAGGCCUCAGCACCAGCGUCUGGGAAAGACUUUGUUUGA